AUGGCUAUUCCUAUAACCAAAAUGGUCGAUAAUGGUUUAGUCGCGCGAUCUGGCGAUGCCUCUGCCAUUGAUGGAGCCGGUAUUGUCACACGAAACUCCCUCGAUACCCGCCAGGAGGAUUCCACCAACAACUCAGAGGGCGAAGAAUAUUCUCAGAAUAACAUAAACUUUGAUGGUGACGAGAAUAUCGACAACGAUAAUAAUUCCGAGAACGACAGCAGCUCUGAGAACGACACGAACUCUGGGGAUCACAGCAACUCUGGUAAAAGCAACAACUACCUUGGGGACGAUGACAACUCUGAGCGCGGGAACAACUCUGAUAACGAAGAAAACGCAUACAUCGAGAAUGCGUCAGACAUCAACAACUCAGAGGACGAUAGCGGCUCAGGAGACAGUGACGAUUCGGUGAGCAAGGAUUCAGAGGAUUCUGGCCUUGAUUCUGAUGCCGACUUGGACAAUGGGAACGAUGAGUGA